GCCCAUGUGGAUGUUGCAAACUGUCAACAUAGCCUUGCCAAGAUCUCUAAGAGGAGGAAAAGCCUCACUGCUCAACUAUUUUUUUCCUUUAUCCCUCUUUGGAAACUACACCUCUCGCACUAAUCAAGAUGAAGGUUGUCGGAUCUACCUGCGCCAUGAAGAGCAAGGUCGGCGGCGAGGACAUGGUGCGCUGCCUGUCCGAGCAGAGCUUGACCAUCGCAAAGUGCAAGAUCCCGCUGCUGGACGAGCAGAUGAGCGCCUUCCUCCACGACAUGAACAGCUGCUACAGCAAGUUGAAGGAGCUCGUGCCUACGCUGCCCACCAACAAGAAAGCCAGCAAGGUGGAGAUCCUGCAGCACGUCAUUGACUACAUCUGGGACCUGCAAGUCGAGCUGGACGAGCCGGAGAAGAGUCGCCAGCUCUCCGCCAGCGGCGUCACGCGUACACCGCUGACCACGCUGAACGCAGAAAUCGCGAGCAUUGCAGUGGAGAAUGGAUGCUCAGACGACAGGAUUAUGUGCCGUUAAGAGCUCGUGGAGCAUCGCGCCAUCACCCCAAAAAGCGAGCACCACGGAAAACGAACAAGGCUAUGUGAUGUGACUUUUCAAACACAUCUGUAAAAAACCUUGAACUGUGUAGGGACGUUUCAAACUCCCAAUGCUAGAAAAAUAACGUUGUGUGGACAUCCUCCAGCUGCGAGGAUCUCUGUCACUCAAGGCUCUCGAUUCAUCAGAGGGCCCUGAGAGGAGAAGAAGAGCGGUGGUGUCCAGAUAUAGACUGGGUUAGCCCGCGGGACCAAGACAUGUUCAGUGCAACCAGCGUCGCUCGUUGCUUGUAGAGUUUCUAAAGAAAGCUAAUGUUUCUGUUAUGCUCUUUGUAUCUUGUGUAAACCAUAUAGAGAUAUUCAACAUUUUGUAAAAGAAGAAAAGUAAAUUUCUCAGAUUCCUGAGCGACAAACUGUAUUGUAUAUUACAAUGCCACAUUAUGUGAACAUAUUGUUUUCUCACAAUGUACCUUAUUUGUGUUUUUAUUAAAACAAGACAAUUAUUUUUGAAACAAGAA